AUCGUCGUCCUUCUCAGCACCUCUGAGCGCGCGACGCGCGGAAGGAGCUCUCUUUGCGGCCGCGCGCUGCGCCGAGAGAGAUGAGCACGGCCGGCGUCGCCUGCGCACGAUUCACCUCCACAGUGCGCGCUUCGUGGGACACGAAUCCCAGCUCCAAGCCCUUCAAUCCCCCUCGCUCCUCCACCCUCCAGACCACACCGCUUUCUCCAUCUCCGACCACUGCUGUCGUCGCCGAGAAGGUGAUGCCCCCUUCCCAGAUUCUCAGCUCUAAUCGUGUCGAUGGCUAUCGAGAGAAAUCGGAAGAGAAGUAUUUGGGGUACGAGAGAUGGCUGCCGAUUGCUCCCAAAGUGAAGAAACCUCGAGCUACUUAUAACGCGGCAUCUUUAGCUUAUAUGGGGGAUUGCAUUUAUGAGCUGUAUGCUCGGAGACACUUUUUGUUUCCUCCCCUGAGUAUCAAUGAAUACAAUGAUCGUGUAAUGAAAGUUGUCCGCUGUGAAUCACAGGAUGCAUUACUUAAGAAGCUUGUUGAGGAUGACUAUUUAACGGAAGAGGAAAGAGAUGUUCUCCGGUGGGGGAAAAACAUUAGUUCCAGCAAAACACGAACUACAAAACGAGCUGGUGUAGCUGUCUACAGUAGAGCAUCUUCACUGGAAACACUGAUUGGAUAUCUUUACCUAACUGACGUGAAUCGCUUGGAAGAGCUCAUGCAUAGGCUAGGCUUCUCAACUGGUGCUUCUUCUGAACUAAUUGCAGAAAUGCGCAUGAAUUUCCAGAAACAUCCUUCAAUUACGCGAAAUCCAGACAACCCAUGAAGGAUACAAGAGAAAUGAAAGAGAAGACUACCAGCACUCGCAUAAGCUUCACAUCCACAAUGUCGUCGGAAAUGCAGAAGGAAUACUGAAAAAAGUUGACUAUGCACUCUGCAACUCAAAAAAGAUAAGUUGAAUCCAUUUCGGAAGCUUCACUUUGAUUUACUGAUGUUUCUCUAAACUUUACCUCAGUGAAUUACAGUAAUCACUUGAGUAUAUUGUCACAUUCCUUUAGCUACAACUAAGGCUGAAUUUUCCACCAAACACUGUACCGAGUAUCAGUCAUUGCAAAUAUGCAAUGAACCUCCUAUUUCUAUUUUAGAGUUUUUCUUAGCCAGAAUUAUUUAAUAUAUAUGUGUGUGUUUAUAUUUA